AUGUGGGAAUCGCAUCAAGUUCUCGCACUCUCACAAGCCAACGACGAUGAGCUCACUCAAAGCCACAUUGAACUGCGACCUGGCUUCACAAGGGCUUUUCAAUUUACACUAUUGUAUUCGGCCCAUUCUCUCUGCUUUUGGAUCGUUAUUCAACUGCUGCAGGCCGAUGACGAGGCCCUAAUGAAGACAAUCCACCUCGCAAACGUCGCCUGCGGCUUCCAUGCUGGUGACUUUGAGACCAUAAACACCACCGUCGCGCUCGCGAAAAAAUACGGCGUCCGUGUUGGCGCGCACCCUUCGUUGCCUGACCGGCAGGGAUUUGGCCGCCGUGAGAUGCUCAUAAAACCGGAGGAACUCAAAGCAUGCUUUGUAUAUCAAAUCGGUGCCAUCACAGGAUUUCUGAAGAUGCAGAAUCUCGAGUUGAACCAUGUCAAGCCUCAUGGCUCGAUCUAUGGACAAACAGCGCGGUCUCUUCCGCUCGCACAAGCGGUGGUUGCCGCGACCAAAACCUUCUCCACUGACCAGUACCCAGUGGCAUUUAUCGGGCUACCGGGGACAAUGCAUCAGGUUGCCUGUAAGGAGGCCGGAAUAAAGUUCAUUCCAGAGUGGUUCGCAGAUCUGGACUAUGAUUCCGAGGGCAGGCUAUUGAUCACAAAGAACCACGAUCCUGUGUCGCUUGACACAGUCCGGGAACGUGUUCGCACAUCAACCAUUAUCGGAAUCCAUCGUGAAAUCACGACCAACAAGGGCACAUUUCUUCCUUUAAGCGAAGAGGGCCUCGAGGAAGUGACCAUCUGCUGUCAUUCAGACACUCCCGGGGCAGUCAAGAUUGCAGAGCUGGUUAAAUGCAUUGUGGAUCAGCAUAACGAAAAGAAAUAG